AUGAAAACCGUUUCUACUCUAUGUGCGACUUCCACGGUCGGAAUAGCAGCCUGCGGGUUCGCUCUGGCACGCCCGUGCAAGCCGAACGACGCCCACGACCAGCUUACGAACCCUAAUACCAUCACCACCACCACCACCAAUACAAAAAACAACACCACACCUAUAAUCCGAGAACCAGAGACAGUCACACCAAGGAGCGAGAAGCGGAAGAGUGCAAGGAAGAGCUGGGGCGGAUAUGUCAAUGGGAGUACUGGUGGAAAUCAUAAUACCAACAACAAUACCAACAACAACAGCGGGCAAACACUGUUCCCCGAUGAGCCCUCGCCCCGAACAUCCACAUCGCGCCGGUGGCUGCACCGCCUCUCAGAGUCGUUUUCGUCGUCUUCGUCCUCCUCGUCAACACCGUCUUCGCCUACCUCGUCAACGUCGCAGUCGCGGAGUACGAGCUCGUUCUCGUCGCGGUCGAGGCCGUACACGUCGAGUUCGCUGGUGCCGUUUGGGGCCCGGCGGUCCAGCUCGAGACCGCGGACGGGGAACAAGCUGGUGAAGCGCAACCCGUCGUCGCGAAAUGCUGCCAGGCCAGCUGAGGACGGGGGGGAGCAUGACAGCCCCACCACAGGCAGCCCAACCAGGACUACAGCACCCGCAGCAGCAGCAGCAGCAGCAGCAACCACACCAACAGCAACAACAACCCCGGCAGCAGCGAACCACCACUCGCCAAGCCACAGACAACGACCUUCCACUGCGGGCGUUCACCAAUCAUUUGCCCAGGGCCAAUCUUCCCCCAUCUCGCCGAUCCAUGCGUCACGGCCAUCCACCUCCGCCCUCUUCUCGCACUCCGCUGCUGCUUCUCCUCACAGACAUCAAGAGCAAGCAGUUGCACAACCUCCGCCGACGACUUCAUGGCGAGGCUUCUUCACCCCGAAACGUCACAAGCCUUCAUCAUCAAAACACACACCCACCACCACCACCUCCUCCACGCCGUCCUCGCCAGGGGGUUUGAAGCUCCCUAGAAAGCCCUUCAGCGGGGUACGAAGGAUUUACCCGAAGCAGCUGCGGAAGAGCGGUGGUGGCCGCGGGGAACUCAUCGGGCCGACACUGAUGCUCGCACCGACACCGACAACCACGCAGCAGCAGCAGCAUCUGCUCAUCGACAUCGACAUCGACAGCGAGUCGGUCUUCUCAGGGGCCGAGUCGUCGCUGUUUUUCGACUCGCGGCCAGCGUCGCGGAUGGACGAUCUUGUGGAGUUGGCGGCGGUUAGGCGCUCGUCGACCGGGAUGGCGCUGGGGAUGGGGGGCAUGGGGAUGGGUGCGACCUCGCCUAGAAAUAGUGCGCGCCGCAGGUCGCUGUCGGGCGUGAAUUAUCUGCAGACGGCCCCGAUCCACUACCGGAGCCUGAAUACGUGCGAGAACGGCGAUGGGGUCGACGGCUGCUGCGAUGGGCUCAGCGCGCUGGAUUUCGGGUUUGGGAGGAUGGAGGAUCAUCAGUCGUCCCCCGCCGGCACCGACGCUGCAGCAGCUGCAAGUUGUGCUACCGGCACCCAUGCGACCACCACCACCACCCACACCACCCAUCGUAAUACCUUCCACACACACUCUCACACCACAACCUCCACUUCCUCUUCUUCAAACACACACUCCCCCUCCUCCUCCUCCCCCUCCUCCCAUCAUCACUACCACUACUACCACACACGCUCUGCAUCGCACGAGGAGGACAUCCCACCGGUCCCGUCGCUGCCCCAACUAGACGGGAACAUGGACUUCGUGUCGCGCGCCUACUCGCCUGACCCCGACCAGCAGCAGCAAGAGGGGGAGGACGAGGAGGAGAACGGCGACCGUCACGAAUCGUCGCUCUCCCCCGAGGAUUCCGAUAACGGCGAUAAUGACGAUGAUGAUGCCGAUGCAGACGACAACAUGCACCACCAUCAUCACGACUUUGACCUCGAUCUGGACGACGGGGAGAACAUCGUGCCGCUGUCAAUUAGCGACCGCCAGCACCGCUUGUCGCUUAUCAGCGCUUCGGAGCGGGCGUCCACGCUGGUGGGCAGCGAGGAUAACAUGGAGGAUUUCCAGAGCGAUACGGUGUUUGACUCGCUGCGCACGCGGGCGUCGGAACUCACGCCAAGAGCGGACCAGCUCUUUGACCAGCAGCAGGACGAGUCGUUUGGCAGCGGGCUGGAGCACCAUCACCACCACCACGCACCCCACCCGCUGCGGUACAAGCACUACGUGAGCGGGGAGUUUGGCAGUCUCAAGAAUAGCGACAAUAGUAGUAGUAAUAUGCAUACGACAACAACAACAUCGUCGGUCGCCCACAAGGCAUUCGACGACGACGAGGACGGCUCAAGCAGCGAUUGGGAUGCGCCGUCGCGCAAUGGCGAUGACGAGGGGAUGCGGAUUGUCUCGGGGGGGCUGCGCCCGUACAGCGGGCUCCUGUCAGCCGCGUCGCUAGGCCUGCACAGCAACAAUGCCAGCAGCACGUCGUUUGGCACUGCGCCUGAGGGCUUCUCAAUUAACGACGGUUCGAGCAUCCGCGAGACGAAUAGCAGCAUCUUGGACUGGAGCGAGAGCGUUAGCCCGACACCGCAGCCACAGCCGUCAUAUGCAAAGAGAUCAAAGACAAUCCACGCCAAGGAGAGCAUCAUGCUCACCUCCUCAAGGUCCGGGCGCCGUGCUCCAAGCUAUCAUGUCCGCUCGCAGAGCAUGCCACUGGUCAACUCGCAUGGGAGGGUGCCACUGCCGAGCGAGAACUGGGAUGAGGAUUUCCUGGACGACGAUGAUGAGGGCGGAUGCUUGAAUAUGGUGAUCCCGCGCGCGAUCGAGGAGCAGCAAGCAAGUGUGAUCGGGCAUCUUGGCUGCGUGCGAGAGUUUGCCCUGCUGGUUGAAGAUCUGAAACAUCUUCGCUCGCUCGCCAUCUCUUCCGGCGUGCGCAAUGGCGUCCACCAAGCCAUCUUUGACGAGGCCGAAGGCAUCAUCGCUCUGGCGACCCUCGACGACGACCAGCCAAUUCCCGCCGUUCCCGAAGCACCUUCACGGACACCGCCCUCCAAGGGCUCUCACCGCCGCUCCUCAAUUCUACUACCCGACGACGACGUCUUUGGCGGCGGCGGCAUCGGCGCACCAAGCACGCCGCUUCUCCGACGCUCGUUCGGCCACACACCGCCUAACAUCUCGCCGCAGAGCAGGAAAACAAUCGAUAGGAACGACCCUGUCGAGGUUGCAAAGGGGAUCAUGGAACGGAUGCAGCAGAGCGGGGGCCACCACGUGCGCGGGCAGAGCGACGACGCGGUCAUCACAGGGAAGCCAAAGAAGGUGCAGUUCGACACGGAUAUGCUGAGGGAGCUGGUCAAGCAUGUGGGGAAGCUCAAGAGGACGAUGCAGAGUAUCGUGGAUGACGCGCGAGAUUUGGUGGAGAGCCCGCUGGAUAUGGAGGAUGGGUUUGAGUGCAGGGGCAGCUUUGAGGGCUUUGAGGAGGGGUGGGAGUUUGCGAGGGGCGCCGCGGCAGGGCAUCUGGUAGGCGUCGUGUAG